CAAAGGGCAGGGACGGACAGCCUCCUCCAGCCACGGCCCUGCGGCCGCCGAGCGCUCCCCGAGCACAGGUGCUCCGCAGCCGCACACCCAGCCGGGACGCAGCUCGCAGCCGCCCCCGGCCCGACGCACGGCCGGCAGCGCCCGGCGGCAGCUCCAGCCUCGCCCACGCCCUUCCUUCCGCCGCAUAAAGCCCGGCGGCGGCUGCUCGGCCUCCUGCGGGGUGCGAUCGUGCUGCAGAGCCCGGGGAUCCCUCGGGGGACACCAUGCCUGCCGCCUGCUCCGGGCAGCGCCUGCUGCUGCUGCUGUGCCUCGGCCUCUCGGCCGGCAGCCCCGCAGACCCAGCUGCGACAACAAAAGGUGCCCUUCAGUCUCAGGCAAGCUCUCUGACUAAGGUGCAAGCUGGACUUCAUGAAUCAUCUCCUGAGCCCAUAACAACUGCACAAGCUGUCAGCUGGCAAACUCAGGGGAGCCCUUCAGAUCAUUUGACGCUUGGACAUACUAUAUCUGCACCUGGUCCAGAACUUGCCACGCAAGAGUUCAAGGAGGCAACCAAAGAUAACAUCACUUUCACAAAGUAUGAGGCACUGCUUCCUGGAGUUUCUGGAACUUCUGUGGAAAAAUAUAUCACUUUGGACAGUGCAGCUAGAAUUGAACUUUCAUGCAGAUUGGACAAUAAAAAUUCUCAUUUGCAAAGUCUUCAAGUGAUUUGGAAGAAAGGAAAUGAAACAAUCGGACACAUCAAUAAAACUGAAAACAGCUGGAGCAUCAAAUUGCGGAUCUUGGAUAGCAGUAACUUGGGAAGUUAUAGUUGUUCUCUGAAAAGCAAAGAAGAAAUUGGCGCUGCGUUUCAUUUACAAGUACCAAAAAUUGAAGGAAGAGAAAAACCCAUAGUCAGUUAUGGAGGUGAUACAGGUGUAAUGACGUGUGAGAGUUCUGACUAUAUUCCCAUUGCUUGGAGUUGGUAUAUGACCAAUGGAAGUGAACAGAUUGCCCUUAAUGACUCACUGCGAGACAAGUAUGUAAUUAAUAUCAUAUCUGCCAAUGUAACGCAGCUGAAGAUACUGAACCUCACCGAGGAAGAUGAUGGUGAAUAUUGGUGUGAAGCUGCUUUUGAACUAGGGGAAAGCAGAGCGAGCGUGAGGCUUAAAGUUUUGUCCUUUAUGGUGCCUCUCAAACCGUUUCUGGCAAUUGUGUCUGAAGCUGUUAUUUUAGUAACUAUCAUUUUCCUUUAUGAGAUAUAUUCGAAAAAGAAAGAGAAGCAUGCAGAAGAUGAAAAAGAAUUUGACCAAGUUGAGCAACUUAAAUCUGAAGACAGCAAUGGUCUGGAAAACAGUAGUGCUAGGCACAGAAGAAUUUAAUCUGGUUCCUAAAAGGAGAUCUAAGCCAACAGAAGUAGAAAUCUUUGCAAAGCUACGGAAGAUGUAUGCGGCUAUGCAUUUUAAGCACCCAUGAUGCUUCUAAGUAAACUCAGUAAUGCUUUAAAAAUAGCUAUAAAACUGUUCGUUUUAUACAGACAGGUAUCUGUUCUAAUAGACUAUAUGUAGACCUUUGUCUGUAACAUUGUUUCAUCAUUUUACUACUAAAAGGCAGUUUUUCUGUGAUUAGACUUCCUGUUUUAUGACUGAUCUGUUGAAUUUUGUCCUAAAUCUCAACUAACCUUGCAUUCACUGAAGAAACGGGUAAUAUAAAUGGGCCUUUUAUAUAAGGGUUAUGAAGCUGGAAUUGUAAGAUCAAAAAAGUAUUUCUACCAAAGAAAAUGCCUUUUCCUAGUGGUUGAAGCAAACGUGACACAGCCAUUGUUACCAAAGAAAUGCUCAAAGAGAAAUCUUUAUUAUAAUUUAAAUGAAACAUUAACAGUUUUGCAGUUUGCUCUGAACAGCAAGAUGUCUUCAUUCCAAUUUUUUUUAGCUUCAUUUAAAUGAGAAACAAGUACAUUCUGAAUACUUGAGAUGAAUUUUGAUAUGUCCUGCCGUAUGUCUGUGCUAUUAUACUGUAAUUGUAAAUAGGCUAAACACAUAAAUAUUAUACAGAAUAGUUGUUUUAGAAGUAUUUCAGAAUAGCUGAAAGAAGCAAAGGGGAUAUAAUACCAUAUCAGAAUAUAACUGAAAUAAUUCCUUACGCUUGCACAAAUUACUGCAGGAUCUGAGGACUGCAAAACCAGUUUUGUGAUUAUAAUUCAUAUAGAACUCAGAAAUUUCAUGUAUACCUAUAUGAUUCUCAUCGUACAUCCUGUCUAGUUGGUAUUUUUACAUGCAGCGUACUGUAUUGUUCCUUAAACUCUUCUCAGAGCAUAGAGAAGGUCUUGAGCAGCUAAAAUUUUCAGGGUUGUAGGAUAAAGCAACACGAAUACCACUGAUUCUGCUGUUAAGACUUGUGACAUUGCUUUACAAGAGCUGGAUGUCAUAACUUCAAAUAUACCACUUAUUUACAUUCAGCAACUGAAAAUUGUUCAGCUAAUAGAAAAGCAUUUGAUUGCAUUAGUUGCCUUUGCUUGCUAAUACAAAAGGAAAGUAAGAAACUUCUAUUUUCGGAAAGGAGAAGUGAAGCCUUUAGAAGAAUUUCUUCUCUCAAUAAAAAUAUAAGGAAAAAAACAGGCAGCACUUGCAAACUCCGUAGGGAAGGAGUAGGAAAAAAACAAUCUGCAAAUAGAAUUUCCUCAUAUUGGUAAUGUCUCUUUGAACAUAAAUAAAGGAAAACAGAAUAAUAAAAGAGAAAAUAGAUCUAAUUCCCUUCCUUUAUUUUUUCUAUUCUACUGCGGUUAUAGGUUUGAAAAUAUCAAAGUCUAGACCUGGCUGCUUUGUUGGAGAUGGGGAUAAAAUCCAGUCUGAUUUAUGCUUUUUUAUGUUUUCGUAGUUAAUAGUCUGAUCAAUGGGUUUUGUUUUCUUAGUUUAUUUUGCAGCGAAGUCCAAAGAAAAAGCAGUGGGAAGUAUAUAAGCAUCAAGUGAUUGACAAUAAGAGCUGAACACUGAUAAAGAUUUCCCUUGCUAACAUACUGUGUUUAUUGUAUUUGCCUUGGAGUUUCUAUGCACUGUACAAACAAUGCAUUUACAGGUUUUUAUAUGAAUUUGUCAUUGAUAUAACAGGAUUUUUGUUACAGUUACUAGAUAUUUGCAGUUUAAAAAUUACUUCUGUAUAUUAAUCAUUUGCAACGUAACUUUAUUUUUUGUAGAAAAUAGGUUUUUGAUAAAAUUCAGUAAUAAAAAAGUAAGCUUACUUACAGAUCUAAUUAGAUUAUGAAUAAAGAAAAAUUAUCUUUUGCAAGAAAGAGAAGGCCAGGUACUAUCUGGAAAAAAACCCCCACAUUUUAAUCAGAAAUGGUAACAACUUCUACGUUCACUUGAGGAUUCCUACCUGAUCUUGCAAAUUGUGGUAUGAAGUCUUGGCCAGCAUAGGCAAGUUACUUUUUUGGUGUUGGCAAGCAGGGGCUGCAGGGACUGGAGACUCUGGAUUAAGCAUGGAUUUUAGAUCUAGAUGUUUUCCUCGUAUCAGGACUGUGUUAGAGUUUACUGCUGUAACUGUGGUUUUAGCUUGACUUGUCUGCAGCGUGUUCCACUUGCCCUGUCUGCAAGGGGUUUGGUGUUUAUUUUUAGUUUGACAAGUACUUCCAAAUUGUAAGCUCAGAUAGAACUGUAUGACUUUCCUUAGGAUGGAGACCUCAGAAUUACCCAGUAAGGAACCAAGAUAAUUAAGUGGUUGGCUAUAGGUCGUUGGACACACAGUUUUGAGGAAGAGAGAAAAAAGCCUAUCAAUAGUGAUACAGAAAUCAGCAUCCAUGUGCCUCUCUUUUUCAGCCAAAGAAAACGAAGUUUAUAUUCUGCUGUUAAAUUCACCCUUGAAACUUUGAAACGCUGGCUGCUGAGUAAUUGAAAUUAGAAAGAAACUCAUGGGUGUAGCUAAUGUAGGAGGAAAUUUUCAGUUGAGUCGUUCUGUAAGUGUACCCGUCCUGUGCAGGCUGACCACAGUUAACCACAUUAUAUAGCAAUUCUAGCUGGGAGGUCUCCAAAAAUAGGAUGGGGCAAGAAGCGAAGAAAGUUGAGAACGGUUGUAGGGACAUAGGAAGAACCUUUAGUUAUUCUAUAGGGGUUUUGAGGGACAGAGAGCAGAAGCUGAGAUGACUUGAAAUUAGAUGUCUACAGGGAACUAAGAGUACAGAUCUGUGGGAUCAGCAAGGGUUUUCCAGCUGUGCCAUUCAGUGUUUGUGUAGGAAGUUCUAUAUGGUGACUGAAUAUAAUCUGCCAUUGCUAAGGACUUACACAGGUGAAAACACAAAGCCAAGUGAUAGUUUUCAUAAGAGGAUUGGAAGUUAUAUUCUAGGAAAAAAAUUCUCUGCUGAUUAAGUACUUUUGAAGUAGCAUUACUUUCUUGUGCUACAACAUGCAUAUAAAAUGCAGUAAACAAUUCUUCAUGAAAAAUAAUCCAAGUUCCAAACUUUACAACUUGUUACUGAAACUCUUUGAAUUGUCUAGAUUUACUGUUGAUAAGAGUAGUUUUUCUAGUUGAAUUUUUAGGACUUCAAACCUGUUAUGUUGUUCCGUCUUAGCCAAAAUGAUUUUUCUUCCAUACAGAAAUAUGAUCUGAUUUGUUUUCCCAUUCAGUCUUUUAUUUAAAUAAAGACUUUUGUUCUUUUUUAUUAUUGGAGUAAUAUUUCUAUCAACUGACUUCCUGAAAUCUAUUUAAAUUGACAUUAAAAGUUAUGUAACAGUGCCUUGAAGGAAUUAGUUUACCAUAGUUAAGUUCAGUUUUCCACUUUUGUAAUAUGUUUAAUAGUUUCAGAGGAGACCUGACCGCAAAAUCUAUUUUUCUAGUGACAGACUACUGAGCCUAGUGCUUCUAUUACGCUUGCCUUAUUCUACAUUCUGAUUUUGUACACUGUGCUUACUCAACUUGUUUUAUUGUUUUUCUUGAACAGCAAUAUGAAUACAGAAAAUGGAAUAGAGUCUGUAUGGUUGACGUAUAUGCAGUAACAAGAACAGUUAUGAGUAGUUUGAUAAUAUUGUGCUUACAAAUAAUUCCAAUAAAGCUAACCAUGAAAAAUUCAUAAAGUGGAGAGUGAACUUAUGUCUGACAUCUCAGAAACAAGUAGAGAACUCUCUCAUUUCUUUUUAUAUCUCUGUUCCCACAGAUGUUAUUUUAGACCUAAACUGCUCAUUUGCUUGAGUACCAAACUCUACUUGUAUCUAUAACCUUCUAGAUGGAAAUUGCCAAAGAUAGUGAUAUGCAACUAAUGCCUUUGUAAGUGCACAUACUGCAUCUGGAAUACUUUCAACACUUUUAAUUUGGUCAUCUAUGUUAGGAAUCCAUUAUCGCAUUUCCUCUGUUAGAGGAGGUGGUAGUGUGGGGGAAGGAUUAUCUUCCACUAGACAAUAACAACCUAAAUAGAAUCAGUGGGGUAAAUAUCAGUCUCUGAGAUAGUGUUCAUUUUUUUAU